AGUGGAAGCAGCUUUCUUUGGUUGAGCAACGAAGACUGAACUCUCUGAUCGAGCUCGCGCAGUCAGGCACAAGAUCGAAAUGGCGGCGCCAGCGGAGAGGAUGGAGGUUUCUCAGGGGGAGAACAUGGCAAAGCCUGCAGCAGAAGAUAUGACGUCAAAGGAUUAUUAUUUUGACUCGUAUGCUCACUUUGGCAUCCACGAGGAGAUGCUAAAGGAUGAGGUGCGGACUCUGACCUACCGCAACUCGAUGUUCCACAACAAGCAUCUCUUUAAGGACAAAGUUGUUCUGGAUGUGGGCAGUGGCACGGGAAUCCUUUGCAUGUUUGCUGCCAAGGCUGGAGCCAAGAAAGUUAUAGGGAUUGAGUGCAGCAGUAUCUCAGACUACGCUGUGAAAAUAGUGAAGGCCAACAAGAUGGAUGAUGUGGUAACAAUUAUCAAAGGGAAGGUGGAAGAGGUGGAUCUGCCGGUGGAAGGAGUAGAUAUCAUCAUAUCUGAAUGGAUGGGCUACUGCCUUUUCUACGAGUCCAUGCUCAAUACGGUCAUCUAUGCCCGGGACAAAUGGCUGAAGCAAGAUGGACUCAUUUUCCCAGACAGGGCAACACUUUAUGUGACCGCCAUUGAAGACAGGCAGUACAAGGACUACAAAAUCCACUGGUGGGAGAAUGUGUACGGAUUUGACAUGUCGUGCAUCAAGGAGGUGGCGAUUAAGGAACCCCUAGUUGAUGUAGUGGAUCCCAAGCAGCUGGUCAGCAGCGCCUGCCUCAUCAAGGAGGUUGACAUCUACACAGUGAAGCCAGACGACUUGACCUUCACCUCGCCGUUCUGCCUGCAAGUGAAGAGGAACGACUACAUCCAUGCCCUUGUUACCUACUUCAACAUCGAGUUCACCCGCUGUCACAAGAGGACCGGCUUUUCCACAAGCCCAGAGUCUCCCUACACCCACUGGAAGCAGACUGUGUUCUACCUGGAUGAUUACUUGACUGUCAAGAUCGGCGAAGAGAUCUUGGGCACCAUCAGCAUGAAGCCAAAUGUCAAAAACAAUAGAGACCUGGACUUCACUGUAGACCUCGCCUUUAAGGGCCAGCUGUGUGAGGUGUCCAAGACGUCAGAGUACAGGAUGCGCUAGUGGCCUCUUACCUCCCCCGCCCCGUGUAUAGUUUGUCUUUAGAGGCUGACAUGUACGGUUUGACCGGUGGGCUGAAACCGUAAAAAUAUUCCCCUUGCAGCAACAUUUUAAAGAUUUGUUUUGGUGUAAUUUUUUUGUGCAAAUAUUUGCCAUAUUUAAAUGUUUUUCCACAUUUUUGGGGAAGUGAGUUGGCAGUGAGACUCAUUGUGCAGUAGUCAACAAAUGCAUGUUUUGUUUCCAUCUUCUUGGGUUUCCCUUGUUCUUUGCACAUUCAAGACCCGAACACACACCCUCUCUUGACAGAAUAGCAUGGACAGUCACUUGGGCCACUGCUCUCUUAGUUUCUUUGGACUGUGUUGAAGCUGCAAAUAUGUAGAUUUUGUUUUUUCCUUUCAAAAGGUGUCUAAGAUAGCUUCUCUACAAAACAGCGGAAGUUCUGUUCAUACUAAUAACUACUUCAGUACUAUGAUUUAAAAAAACAACAACAACAAAAAAAAACUAAGCUAAUUGUGCUCAUUUUAAGAGGUACAGUCUUCUGGACAGACUGACAUUUGAGGUUUUACACACUUGCAGCUUCGAUCUUGAGUGUCAUUGCCCUGUACUCCAUAGUCCUGCAAUGAUGACACUAGGUCACGUGAACUAGGAUCUAUCCUGUUUGUGAUGUGUACAUCACCGUGCCACCUGUCCCCCAGAGUUUUUUUUUUUUUUUUUUUUUUUUUUUUUUUUUUUUUUUUAGCAGGUCAAACCAUUUUGAGAACCAAACGUCAACAUCCAACAUUAACCUUUUUAGCAUUUUCAUAAUGCAAGUAUUCAUAACUGCUGGGCCUGAAAGAAUAAAAGAGACUGCCUGGUUCCAACUAGUUGCACAGUUCCGUAGGUGUCUUCUUGGAGCCGCUGUGUUAAAGUAUGCCUUUAUAGUUUGUCUGCGGCGAUUGGAGUCUGUCUCAACUGAACUGUGUUGGCACGUGACUGACAUGACUCACCACACUGUUUUUUUUUUUUUUUUUUUGGUAUUUUGUCUGCUGCUUUUUUUAUAUAGUGAAACUAAAACUGUAAAUUAAACUUUUUGCAUCAGC